UCAAAGAAAGCAACUACCAAACGACGUCAAGCUCCCUAUCCUACACCACCUCGACCUACCCCUGGUUCUCGUUCGUCAAGAGCUGCACCAUCGAUUCCAGGCGCGCGCAUCUUUCCACCACCUCCUGCUUCGAGAUGGCCGCGCCCAGACUCUGCUUACCUUGAAGACGCCUUGACUCGAUAUGAGCAAGGUCAAAGCUUUCUGGAAUUCAUAAGAGAACGGCAGAAUGGUACAGGCCAAUCUCCUCGUGUGGUUGAAGAUGGGAGUGCCGGUGAUGACCAAGUUCGUGAUGAUCGACAAGACGAGAACCCUUUUGAGCCAGACACCCAAAAUGGAGAUAACACACAGCCAACUACUGGAAAUUCUUCAGGUCAACCAUCACCUCCUGACCCUUGUCCCCCUCCAGGACUGCCGCCAAAUUCACCGGGAGAGUCUACGCCGGAGUAUCCUCUGAUUCCGGAACCUCUUACCGAAGAUGAGAUAUGGCUCGAAAGAUUCAAGCCCUUGAUAGAGUUUAACCAAGCGACGCCUUGGCCUAUACCCUUCCAUGAGCGAUCUGUGCCGACUCCAGCAUGGCAUUUAGAAUGUCCAGAAGGUUACGAGCCGACGACCCUUGCUGGAUACCCUAUCAGAAGGCAGUAUGAUCUUUGGAUUUCAGCAGCCCAUGACCCAGACUUGGUGCGGGAUGAGUAUGGGCACUACUGUCUUAACCUCGAUAAGUGGGAUCAAUGUUGCAUGGGCAAGUGCGAGGGAUGUCCUGAUGUCUCGAACAACAUAUUUCAGAAGAUUGUCACGUAUACUCGUGGUGUUAAAGAAGGUUGUGUGGUCAAGCAGGGUCUCUCGGAAGCCGGGCGGAGGCAACGGUGCCUCUCGACAACCAGACCAAUCUUACACCAAGCCAUGGAGACGCUGACAGCACCAUCCAGAUCGGAUCUGAGCAUACCGGUACCUGGAGUUGGGAAACAUUUCGAAAUGCAUCCGCCAGGCCCAUCCGUAAACCCCGCGACGCGCAUGCCACCACCUUCGUCUGGCAAUCGUGAUGGCCAGGACCGGUCGCAUAUUCAAGAACAGAACCAGAUAUCUCCUCAGAGCGAAGACCGCACCUCACUCCCAAAUCUGGUUACUAGCGAGCAGUCUCGCACGACUUUAUCCAGUGUUCCAUGUGAGCACGACCAGAAUGACGCGUCGCAAUCGAGUAGUCGAGUCCGCACUCCGGAAGAUGCAUCGCACUCCCAGACAGACUCAAUAUACAGCCCAACAAGACACAAGAGAACUGCAAGCGGACUUUUGAAGGCUGUCGACACUCCCAAUGAGCAGAGACCACGCGCAGAGAGUGUCAGCUCGGCUGGCAGCAAGGCCGGCGAGGUUGCUGCUCAGCUCAAAACCCGACUCGCAUACGCAAUGGUCAAGGUCCAACACGGCUGGGAACAUCGCAACAUAAACGAAGUCGAGAAACUGGCUGUCGCCAUGCACCCACGUUUGGCCGCCUCACCAACAGCCUCCAGUGCACCCAUUGAUAUCCGGUCACCACCUUCGAAACGACGGUCCGGGGCGGGUGUGGUGACUUGGUCAUUGCCAGACUCCAGUCCAGCCACCAACGGCUUAUCACAAAACUCCCAUAUGUUCAGACGUCCUUCGGCAUCUUCUCCUCCUGCGCAGGUCCCCUCAACACCCAAAUCUCGUCCGCCGCCUGUACGCUCGACUAUUCCGACUCAACAAGCAGAACAAGAUGCCAUGGAUGCCUUGAUGUUGAUGGGUGGGAGUCCAGGUAAUAAUGGCAAGUUUCCAGCUUCGCAGUUUUCGUCUUCGCAACAGACAUCACAAUCUCAGUCACAGCAAACCUGGCACAGUCAAGGUUCAGUCAAGCCUCCGAGUCGCCAUUAUCCAGACUCUCCAACUGCCGCAAACAAAUCACCCAUGCGACCCAUAAUUUUGAGUCGUAACAACAGCAGUACUUCGGAAGUCAGUGUUGCCAAUAGCGAAGUCUGUGAAGCAAGAGAGAGGGUUCUCGAAGAGGUUGAAGAAGCGGCAUGA